CGACCCACCAUAAACGCGGUCCAAAAAUCACCAAUAAAAUGCCCUUCACCUCCCUUUAGGGUUUCGCAGACAUUUCUCGAAUUCUUCUUCUUCUUCUUCUUCUUCUUCAUAAUCAUCGUCACUGCUUCAAACUUUCAUUACGCAUGACUUGGCGGCUUAAUUAGGGUUUCUUCAUCUUCAAUUUGGACUUAAUUGAAUACGCUGUAAUCCGCAUUUUCGUCCGUGAUUAGGUUUUUCUUCUCGUGGGAGAAUGCCUGCCACGGAUUAUCAGGGAUUAUCAGCGUCGAUUAGCCGUUCAAUUUUGAGUCUCCGCCGUGACCAGAUUCAUUCCAUGGAACCGACGCAUGAGGCCUCCGGUCACGACCUGGAACUCGAAGCUUUUCAAAGGCAGGUCGCGGACCGGUUCCUGGAUCUAUCUUCGGUCGGGUCGGAUGAUUUGCUUUCGCUAUCUUGGAUCCGGAAGCUGCUCGAUUCUUUCCUAUGUUGUCAGGAGGAGUUUAGAGUUAUUCUGUUUAAUAACAGAUCACAAGUUUAUAAGGCGCCUUUGGAUCGGUUGAUCAACGACUUCUUUGAGCGGAGUGUGAAGGCUUUGGAUCUUUGUAAUGCGAUUCGAGAUGGGAUUGAACAGAUCAGAGAGUGGAAGAAACUAAUUGAGAUUGUUCUCUGUGCUUUGGACAAUCGUAGAAUUCUUGGGGAAGGGCAGUUCCGUCGUGCCAAAAAGGCGUUGAUUGAUUUGGCCCUUUCAAUGCUUGAUGAGAGGGAAUCUACUGCGGCUCUUGCUCACCGGAACCGCUCCUUUGGCCGCCAAAACGCUGCGUCUUCUAGAGAUCAUCGGAAUUUUGGCCAUUUUAGAUCGUUAUCGUGGAGCGUGUCGCGGUCUUGGUCCGCCGCCAGGCAGCUCCAGGCGAUUGGGAAUAAUUUAGCGGCGCCCAAAGCUAAUGAAAUUGUUGCUACUAAUGGAAUUGCCGUGGCUGUUUAUACCAUGAACUCAAUUUUGCUGUUUGUAAUGUGGGCUCUGGUGGCGGCAAUACCUUGCCAGGACAGGGGGUUGCAAGUGCAUUUCUCGAUUCCUAGACAAUUCUCCUGGGCUGUGCCGAUAUUGUCAUUACAUGAGAGGGUGCUGGAGGAGUCAAGAAAGCGUGAUAGGAGGAAUGCGUGCGGGUUGUUAAGGGAGAUUUAUCAGAUGGACAAGUGUACUAAAGCGUUGGCUGAAAUGGCUGAUUCUGUUCAGUUCCCUUUGACAGAGGAAAAAGAGGCAGAGGUGAGGCUAAGAGUGCAAGAAUUGGGAAAGGUCUGUGAGGUGAUAAAGGAGGCGUUAGACCCAUUGGAAAGACAAGUAAGAGAUGUGUUUCACAGGAUUGUUCAUAGCCGAACUGAAGGGCUUGACUCUUUGGGUAGAGUGAACCACAACGAUUGAUAUCAUUGCUUGUAAGGAUUGGACGGAAUGUUUUUCGGUGCUAAACAAGAGACACACACAGGAUGUUUUGAGGCGUGCUCUCAAAAUAAAAGGGUAAGGAAGCUAAAAUAAUUUUAAAAAAAAGUCGUGUAUUUAUCAACAAAUAUAUUGUGUAAAGGAAAUGUAGGAUAUGGAAAUUCAGACUCAUGUGGUCCAUGUUGCUGAUCUCCAGCUUUUCAUUGCGACUGUAUAAUCAAAUCCCAGUAAAUUUAAUAUUGUUAUUGUA